UGGAUAUGUACACAUAGACCGCGCACACGCACAGACACACAUCAGAUGCAGUGAGUGCAGCCACUUCCUAGCUAUUAACAAAGAAUCAGCAGAUCAGAUCACAGCACGGCACAGCACAGCACAGCACAAACAAAGACAACGAAGCACUCAGUCAGGGCACAUCACGUCAGAUCGCGUCAGAGCUCGGUGCACCGACGACUUAACAAAGAACAGCGCAGGCGACAUCAACACGAAGACCCUCACUGUUGACAUCAACACAUGCACUUACACGAAGACAGACGGUACGCAGUCAGAUCAAAUCAACUAACAGGCGCGACACGCCACACGCACCGUUAAAAACUAUUCGUCAAUCACGAGACUAAUACAGCUUGCACCGCACCGGUCGCGCACACGCAGUGUGCGCAUCAGGCCGGCAGCCAGCAAAAAUCACGGUGACAAAGAAAGACGCUACUAGCGUGUUUGUAUGUACGCAGCCACAGAGACAGCCAGGAGACAUAUGAUAGACACACGAUGAUUCACACGAACCAUCCACGAGCACAACAGUCAGUCAGUCAGUCAGUCACCCACACAUACACACAGACACAGACAGAGAUAGAGCGGUGGCUCCCAUGUCUACAGGCAGCAGACGGGCUUGGAGUUGAUCCACUGCAGGUCUCCCCUGUUGCAGUGGUACUGGACGGGCGCGUGGUCGCACCUGAUGCACGUCUCCUCGGCUGGGCCGACACCCAACACCGGCGGCAGCUCGGCGCCACGCUUGAACUCAAAGCCAUCCGGACACGAAUGCCUGAUCGACACACCCACGUGGGGACAAUGGAUGGAUGGAUGGAUGGGUGGAUGGAUGAGCCCUUCCCUGUGCUGCGCUGCUUACAGUCUCUCUGCGUAGUACUUGAGGACGCACUUGGCGUCACAUAUUUUGAAGCCGAUAGGGCAGGUGAAGUCCACCGGGUGGCUCUUGUAUAUGUGGCACUGCUGGGUGUCCUCGUCCAUUGUGCCGUCAGGGCAAUAGGGCUUGACCGGGCAAUACACGAUCUUCCCAGAGUACUCGCACUUGCUGAAGCACCUGCUGCCGUCUUGAGUCAGCCGAUAGCCCGGAGGGCACGAGUUCUCGGGUGGGACCGUGACCUUUUCAAGGCACUUCUCGCCGGGGAUGAGAGUCGCGUCCUGGUACUCGGCUCUGCAGUACUCAAUAAGAUCAGCGUAAUGGUCCUGGACACACCGAUCGCCCUCCACCACAUAACCCUGACACACGCAGGCAGACAGACACACAGACAGACAGACAGACAGACAGGCAAGACACAGAUGAGUCAAAACGUCCAGUGUGUGUGUGUGUGUGUGCGUGUGUCCCUACCUGCUCGAAACAGUAGUAGUGUGGCUCGUGGCGGAACGGCUUGAGGCACUUGUGAGCCGCCUGGUCAUACAUAAAGCCGGGGGGGCAGUGAGGGUGAGCCUCCUCCCGAAACGGACACUGGUUCGCAGCUGCGAGGGGCACACAAGCCGCCAGGAGAGCCAGCGCACACACCACGACCGCACCACACUUCAUCAUCACAAUCGGUCGUUGCAGAAGGAAGACGUGAAGGAAGACGAAUGAUAGGAAGGAGGGGAGGAAAGAUGUGAGCUGCGGACGAAGCAAGGAUAAGAUCUGCGGAGAAUGCCGAUGCCUGCGUCCUCCCCUGGCCUCCCUGCG